AUGAUUUUGAUAGCAAUUAUUUUAGUUUCUCUUGCUUUUCUGUGGCUAUGCAGAACAAAGAAGAAGACAAAUAAUUUACCUCCUGGUCCCAUGGGGUUGCCAAUUUUGGGAAGCCUUAACAAGUUGGGAGCUUAUCCUCAUCGUGAUCUGCACCAACUAGCUCUAAAAUAUGGACCUGUCAUGUACUUGCGAUUAGGUUUUGUGCCAACUAUUGUUGUUUCUUCACCCAAAGCUGCUGAACUCUUCCUCAAGACUCAUGACCUUGUCUUUGCUAGUAGACCACGUUUUCAAGCUGAAAAAUACAUAUCUUGGGGGCAGAAGAACUUAGGCUUUGCUGAAUAUGGUUCUUAUUGGCGCAACAUGCGCAAGAUGUGCACAUUGGAAUUGCUAAGUCAAACCAAAAUUAAUUCCUUCCAAAGCAUGAGAGCAGAGGAGCUUGACCUGUUGAUCAAGCUUCUAAGAGAGGCAGCCAAUGAUGGAGCUGUUGUUGAUCUCAGUGCUAAGGUUUCAACACUUAGUGCAGACAUGGCUUGUAGAAUGAUUUUAGGGAAGAAGUACAUGGACCAGGACUUGGAUGAGAAAGGGUUCAAGGCUGUGAUGCAAGAGGCAAUGCAGUUAGUAGCAACUCCUAACAUAGGAGAUUACAUUCCUUACGUUGGUGCACUUGACCUUCAAGGGCUAACUAAGCGCUUGAAGUUAGUUUACAAAAUCUUUGAUGACUUCUUCGAGAAAAUUAUUAAUGAGCACAUGGAAUCAAAGGGAGAAGACAGGACAAAGGAUUUUGUGGAUGUCAUGCUGGGCUUUUAUGGUACUGAAGAUUCUGAAUACCGCAUUGAACGAUCCAAUAUCAAAGCCAUACUGAUGGAUAUGUUGGCUGGGUCAAUGGAUACUUCUGCUACAGCAAUAGAGUGGGCACUUUCAGAGCUGCUAAAGAAUCGAAGGGUGAUGAAGAAAGUCCAAAUGGAGUUGGAAAGUGUAGUGGGUCUGAAAAGGAAGGUGGAAGAAUCAGACUUGGAGAAGUUGGAGUAUUUGGACAUGGUUAUAAAGGAAAGCAUGAGGCUCCAUCCAGUGGUACCGUUGCUAAUACCACACCAGUCCACAGAAGAUUGCAUGGUUGGAGAUAUUUUCAUACCUAAAAAGUCAAGGGUUAUAGUGAAUGCAUGGGCAAUUAUGAGAGAUCCAAGUGCAUGGAGAGAGGAAGAGAAGUUCUGGCCAGAGAGAUUUGAGGGAAGCAGCAUAGAUGUUAGAGGGCGUGAGUUCCAGCUGAUACCAUUUGGGUCUGGCAGAAGGGGAUGUCCAGGAAUACAAUUGGGUCUGACUGUGGUUAGUCAAACUGUCGCACAACUUGUGCAUUGUUUUGAUUGGAAACUGCCCCAUGACGUGUUGCCAGAAGACUUGGACAUGACAGAGGAGUUUGGCCUCACAAUGCCCAGGGCCAAUCAUUUACUUGCCAUUCCUAGCUAUCGGCUUUCCCAGGAGAGAGGGAUUAUCAGGGAAGAAAAAAAUAAAGACCAGUGA